UAGAUGAGAAUGGUAGGAUGGGAGAGUUACAGGAGCUGAGAGUUUUGAGCAAAGAUAACGUUGAGAAGAUCGAUUCACUCUCUGAAGACGAUAUGCCGAAGGAUUUUCCUAGCACCAACGAUAGCAAUUGCCAAGACACCAAUUUCAAAUUUUUUUCUUCUCACGGGAAUGCAGAUUCCGCCGAAUUAACUAUUGAACACUUGGAGUCCAGGAAUUUGUUGAUCCAUGAUGCCGUCGAAGACGUGGGUUUGAACAGGGAAGAAAUAAAACCUACAUUCGAAGAAACUCAGGCGAGUCUUCCAGAAGAAUUCGAAGUGGUGCCUAACUUCUUUCCCAGUAUGAAAUCCAACGAUUCGGAGUCGAGCUUAACAUUCGAAAACGACGCCAUCGACGAUAAGUCCCAGCUGGCGGAAGGUUUGUCUUUGACGACGGAAAAAUCAGAAGUGGGAUUGGAGUUUUCGCCUGAUAUGUUUUUCGCUGACGCCGAAGAAAACUCUGACGAACCGGACAAGAAGAAAGUGUGCGUCGCAGAUUUAAAGAAGUAGCCGUAUUUGGUUGAUCUUUUUAAUUUUGUUUUAUAUUAUUUCGGACAGCUAAGCUCAAAAACUGUGAGUUCGAUUGAUGAUGAGAGUUCAGUUAAUAAGAUUGGGUACCUCUUGCCUUGGUAAGUGCUUCAGCAGGUAUCGGGAUUUUUAGUAUCUUAUCACCGAAGGGUGUUUUGACGAUUUACUCUCAGCUGAUUGGAAACUGCCUUUGCAAAUACUGAGUACAAAAACUUUAAAAGUUUUUCAAUUUAUAAAAUCAUCCCCUAUUAUAUCUCUUCAUUCUCAAAUACUUUAAGGAACGUACCUACAUCUCAAAUAGCUCCAGGCCUAGAGACAACUUUCUUAUCAAAUUCAAACAAUCAAUUCUCCAAAAUUCCAUAGUAUAUUAAAUAAUCAAGAGGAUAUUAUGAGGGAUUGAUGUAUGACUAUUCGGGGGGACUUCAAGUGCAUAUGUACAUUGAUCAUUUUAUGACACCUCAUUAUAUGGAGGUGAUUAAGUGAUGUAAAUGUUGUAUUUUAUUCGAGCAGAUAAGAAAGAACUGCUACACAUACAGUUACAACAUUUUUAACUUUACUUAAAAUACAAAUCGAUUUUAAUAUUCAAGAAUACAUUAAAUAAUUAAUAGGAGCUGAUUUUGGAGAAUUGUUUUGUAAUGCUGAAUAAUUAUCUCUCUUUUCAAUACUUCCUUCACAAAAAAACUGAAAUAUACUCUUAAAGUUGAUGUAUUUUUAAUAUAUUUUGCAUGUAGUAUUUCAUACCAAUCUGCAGCUGAUUCCUUCCAUCUUUUUGAAGUAAUUUCUCAAAAAUAUUACUGAUGAAAGUACAAAUAUUUGAAAGCAUUCCAAUUGAAUAUUUGCCUUCCAUUGAGAUUUGUCCAGGUAAUUCAAUUAAUAGUAUUUAUAGUUUGAUUGUAUUUGAUUGAAAAAGAAGAACAUCAAAGUAUUGUGAAGGAUCAUAAUAUGUUUGAAUUGCUCAUUAUUGUAUUUUAAUGUAUUUGUACCAUAUUUUGUACAACAUCGUUAAUUGAUUUCUUUAAGUCUUUUGAUGAAUUGAAAGACUUUCCAAUAAGUAAUUACUUAUCAAAGUCUCCAAAUUAGUGAAUGCCUGAUUGUAUAUUUUCACGUUUUGAAAAAAUACUAAAAAUACUUUUGAGGUUGUGUUUCAAAAAUGUAUCCAUCAAAAUAUGAUUAGUCAGUGCAGUGCCUGAAACUUGAGGUGAUUCUUGAGAAAAAUACAUUGUGUAAAUUAUUGUACGUCUUUUUGAAUUGUAAUUGUAUUUAUGCGGUUCGGGGACAGAAUUUCAAGGUUAACUUGAAAUAAAAAAUAUGAAUUACUGCAAUAUUCCAGAGUACAUCAAAUAAUUAAUGGUAUUUAAUAGGAAUUGACAUUGUACUUCAAUAGGAUACUAUUCUCACUUCGAACAGCAAUCAAGGUAAACAGUAUUUACUCGUAUCACACAUAAUACUUCAGGUAGCUCUCCAAUUUUGCAAUUGUAAUACUGAGCUGAAGUACUUCCCUCAAGAAUGAUACAUUUGCCUAGAUUUCUUCUGCUUUUAACUGAUAUUUUCUCUCAUUCGCCUGAAUUUCUAGCAAUAAGUUUUAUUGGUGGUAGGUUGAAAGUUUUUAGAUUAUACAUUCAGGAAGAAUUUCUCCACGACCUACAAAGUGUUUUGAUAUUAAUAAAUUUUUGUAAUUUUAGGACGUUUGAAAGUAUUUUCAAAGUUUUAAAUAAAAUUGUGUUUGUAUUUA